AUGUAUUACUCGGAGGACAACAUCGCAAAGCUUAUCAUACGGGAAGUGUUUGCCGAAGACUCGGGAAAGUACACAGUAGUGGCCAAGAAUACGGUCGGAUAUCAAGCAUACACUGUUGACUUCAACGUAGAUGUCGAUUAUUCGGACAAAGAAUCGGUGACGAGUCGGAAGAGUCUGUCGCGUGAAUUAUCCAUUGUCUCAAUACUGGAAGAGUUCGCAGAAACACCCAAAAAGAAAGUAUCGGAAGAGAGGCUCAAAGAAUUAGAAGAAAUCGUAGAAUUAAAGGCCAAGAAAGAGCCGGAAGAAUUGAUUGCGACGAUUACAGUGGUGUCCGAAACGCCAACAAUGCUAUCCGUAUCGGAAGGCGACCGGAUAUAUGUGGUGGAGAGACACACCAGCGACUGGUGGUUUGUACGCAAACGUAUAACUAAUGAAAGCGGUUAUAUUGAGUCCAAAAAUCUGGUCGAUUCCGUCACUUAUACACACAUUCUUCGCGAUAAAGUGGACGAGAAAAUCGAUAAAAUACCUGUUUAUCAAACCGAGGAAAUUGACAACAGAUUUGCGCCGAGAUUUACCCGAGACUUGCAAUGCAUCGACGCUUUUGUCGGCGAAACCGUAACGUUUGAGUGUCAGGUUGAGGGCAAUCCCCGGCCGACCAUCACUUGGUUUAAACACUCGUCAAUAUUGAAGCCCAACGACGAGAUACAGAUGUAUUACUCGGAGGACAACACAGCAAAGCUUAUUAUUCGGGAAGUGUUCGCCGAAGACUCGGGAAAAUAUACAGUAGUGGCCAAGAAUACAGUCGGACAUCAGGCAUAUACUGUUGACCUUAACGUUGAAUUCGAUUAUUCGGACAUAGAAUCGGUGACAACGAGUCGUAAGAGUCUGUCGCGCGAGUCAUCCAUUGUCUCAAUACUGGAAGGCAUUCCUCCGGUGUUCGCAGAGACGCCCAAAAGCAUUGAAAUCAAAACUGGAAAACAGUUCGCAAUCGAAGUCUGUGUUAGCGCUCAAACAAAAUUCAAUAUCCGAUGGCUUAGGAAUGGCAUCGAAAUCAAAGAAUCGAAACGAAUUCAAGUAAAAUCUUCUGAAGAUAUCUAUUAUUUUAAAUACCAAUUAGUGGUGGAGAAGGCGUCCGAAGACGACGAAGGAAUAUAUGAGAUAAUAGCGGAAAAUAAGGCCGGAAUCGCCUCAACAACUGUUGUCGUCUAUAAUGAGAAAAAGAAACAAAAGCCGGCAUUCAUUCAGACAUUCGGCGACGUCUUUGUUGAGGAAGAAUCGGAGACAACGCUUUCAGUGAAAUACACGGGACAUCCGAAGCCACAAAUACAAUGGUUCCGCAAUGGAAAGUCCGUUAAGGCCUCCAAGACUAUCACUCAACGAGAUCUCAACGGCAGUGAAAGCAGUAUUACAAUAGAAAAUGUGGUCAAAGUAAACCAUUCGGGUGUUUAUAAAUGUGUGGCCAGUAAUGCGAUCGGACAGUGCGAGCACUCGGCCAAAGUGGCCGUCAUUUCCAAAGAGUUGCGAUUCGUUGAGAGAUUACAAGAGACAGAAGUGCAGGAAAACAGCAAAACAUUAUUAGUGGUGAAGAUAUCUUCGGAUGAGGAGGACGUCCGGUGGCAUAAAAACGGAGAACUCAUCGAUGAAAACAACACUAACUUUGAAUUCAUAAAAGAAGGCUUUUAUCGCAAACUAUUGAUUAGAGAGACAUUACUUGAGAACGAAGGCGAAUACACCUGUGUUUUGGGCAAAGAUAAUGAGUGUUCAGCCGAUCUAAUAGUCAUUGAAUUGCCGCCAAAAAUCAUCACCGAAUUAGAGGACAAGAGUUGCGUUUUCGGCCAAACAGUGAACUUCAAUAUCGAGUUAUCAAAAGGCGAUGCAAUCGUUAAGUGGUUUAAAGACGACAAAUCAAUUUUGUGUUUAGUUAUAAAGAAAUUAAUUUAA